AUGCCGAAAUACGUAUUCCACUACUUUGAUGGCAAGGGUUUGGGUGAGCCAGUGCGUCUGCUCCUGGCUUUCGGUGAUGAAGGUUUUGAAGACCACCGAGUAGCCUUCAAGGACUGGCCUGACUUUAAGCCAAAAACCCCCUUCGGUCAGAUGCCACUCCUAGAGUUUGAAGGCAAGCAGUACGCCCAGAGUCUGUCAAUCGCUCGCUACCUCGGCAAGAAGUACGGUCUGGCGGGAGAGUCCCUCGAGGAUGCUCUAGAGAUCGACCAGAACGUUGACCUCAUCAAUGACCUCCGUGCCAAGGCUGCAAUUGCAUCCUACGAAAAGGACGAGGCUGUGAAGGAGAAGAAGUACGCUGAAUUCAACAAGGACGUGUUCCCCAACAUGCUGGAGAAGUUAAACGAAAUCAUCACUAAGAACAACGGCCACAUCGCCAUUGGAAAGCUGUCUUGGGGAGACUUUGUCUUCGCUGGUAUGUUCGACUACAUCAAGCACUUGUUGGUUGUACCUGACUUGGAGAAGAAGUACCCAGCAUUCCAGAAGGUCGUAGACGCCGUGUACUCCAUUCCUAAGGUCAAGACCUACGCUGAUGCUGUAGGACCCACGGAAUUCUAA